AUGCGACUCGCCAAAGAGUUCGCUGUGGCCCGCCAAAGAAUUCAUGCGACUCGCCAAAAGAGUUCAUGCGAUCGCCAAAGAAUUCAUGCGACUCGCCAAAGAGUUCAUGCGACCUGCCAAAAGAAUUCAUGCGACUCGCCAAAAGAAUCUGGCGCGGCCCGCCAAAGAAUUCAUGCAACUCGCCAAAAGAAUUCAUGCGACCCGCCAAAAGAAUCUAUGACUCGCCAAAGAGUCUGCGACCCGCCAAAAGAAUUCAUGCGCUGCCAAAAUUCAUGCGGCCUGCCAAAGAAUUCAUGCGGCCGCGCCAAAAGAAUUCAUGCGACUCGCCAAAAGAAUUCAUGCGACUCGCCAAAGAGUUCAUGCGGCUGCCAGCAAAGAGUUCGCGGCUCAAAAGAAUCUAUUCGCGGACUCGCCAAAAGAGUUCAUGCGCCCGCCAAAAGAAUUCAUCCGCGACUGCCAAAAGAGUUCAUGCGACUCUGCCAAAGAGUUCAUGCCAAAGAAUCCCGGCCAAAAGAAUUCAUGCGUGACUCGCCAAAAAGAGUUCAUGCGGCUCGCCAAAAGAAUUCAUGCGACUCUGCCAAAGAGUUCAUGCGGCUCGCCAAAUGCGACUCAAAAGAGUUCAUGCGGGCUGCUGAAGAGUUCAUGCGACCGCCAAAAGAAUUCAUGACUCGCCAAAAGAAUCUGGCGCGAUUCGCCAAAAGAAUCUGGCGGCCCAUACGGCCCGCCAAAAGAAUUCAUGCGACUCGCCAAAAGAAUUCAUGCGACUCGCCAAAAGAAUUCAUGCGACUCUCAAAAGAGUUCCAUGCGGCCCGCCAAAAGAAUUCAUGCGACUCGCCAAAAGAAUUCAUGCGGCCUCGCCAAAAGAAUGCGACUCAUAAAAGAGUUCAUGCGGCCCGGCAAAAGAAUUCAUGCGACUCGCCAAAAGAAUUCAUGCGGCCCGCCAAAAGAAUUCAUGCGACUCGCCAAAAGAGUUCAUGCGACUCGCCAAAGAAUUCAUGCGGCCCGCCAAAAAAUUCAUGCGGCCCGCCAAAAAGAAUUCAUGCGACUCGCCAAAAAAUCCAUACGACCCGCCAAAGAAUUCAUGCGACUCGCCAAAAGAUUCAUGCGACUCGCCAAAGAAUUCAUGGACUCGCCAAAAAGACAUGCGGCCGCCAAAAGAAUUCAUGCGACUCGCCAAAAAAAUCAUGCGACCGCCAAAGAAUUCAUACCAAAAGAUUCAUGACUCGCCAAAAGAAUUCAUGCGACUCGCCAAAAAAAGUUCAUGCGGCCCGCCAAAAAUUCAUGCGACCCGCCAAAAAAGAAUUCAUGCUACCCGCCAAAGAAUUCUGCGGCUCGCCAAAAGAAUUCAUGCGAAAAUUCAUGCGACUCAAAAAGAAUUCAUGCGACUCGCCAAAAGAUUCAUGCGACUCGCCAAAAAGAGUUCAUGCGCCCGCCAAAGAAUUCAUGCGCCCGCCAAAAGAAUUCAUGCGACUCGCCAAAAAGAAUUCAUGCGACUCGCCAAAAGAAUUCAUGCGACUCGCCAAAAGAAUUCAUGCGACUCGCCAAAAAUUCAUGCGGCUCCGCCAAAAAGAAUUCAUGCGACUCGCCAAAAAUUCAUGCGACCAAAAGAAUUCAUGCGACUCGCCAAAAGAAUUCAUGCGGCCCGCAAAAGAAUUCAUGCGACUCGCCAAAAAAAUUCAUGCGACUCGCCAAAAAUUCAUGCGACUCGAGAGUUCAUGCGUGGUUCAAAACAGUUCAUGCGGCCCGCCAAAAUAA